GAGAGGAGAGCCGGCUCCUAAAAGGUGUCGGACAGCGGAAAUGGCUCCUUUCGUGUAAGCAGCCGUUCCUUGUUUGUAUGUAGUUGUUAGUUAGCAAUGUUAUUACAUUCUUUAGACUCGUUUUUCUCCUUUUAAUAUAUAUCCUGCGUGUUAACUUGAACGUUUUAGUGUUGCCCCAAACCGUUCAUGUUUGCGCGUCUCUAACGUCAAGCUUUUCAAUUUCAUUUUGAAACGCGGGACCUGAAGUCUAGUUUUUUCUUUACGCCGACUGACGCUGUUUUUUGUUCUCAUAACUGUGCCAGAUGUUUACAAACUAUGCAGUAAGAGGUAAAGUCAGCAGCGUUGCCCUUUCCUGAGCACGAUGGCUACUCAGAGAGUGCUGCCGCAAAGCAAAGAGACUCUCCUGCAGAACUACAACAAGAGGCUGAAGGAUGACAUCCGGUCCAUCCUGGACAACUUCACCGAGAUCAUCAAGACAGCCAAGAUAGAAGAUGAGACGCAGGUUUCUCGAGCGACCCAAGGGGAGCAAGACCACUAUGAGAUGCACGUCAGAGCAGCCAACAUUGUGCGUGCCGGCGAGUCCCUGAUGAAGCUGGUAUCGGACCUGAAGCAGUUCCUGAUUCUGAACGACUUCCCCUCGGUGAACGACGCCAUCAGCCUCCAGAACCAGCAGCUGCGCUCGCUGCAGGAGGAGUGCGACAAGAAGCUCACCUCUCUCCGCGACGAGAUCGCCAUCGACCUGUACGAGCUCGAGGAAGAAUAUUACUCCUCCAGGUACAAGUAGGCUCACACUUGCCUGCAUCCCACUGCCCCUCUCUAGCCCUACGCCCAGCACUGUGUACACUCUUGCCUUUGCCAUUCACCUCUAAGCGUUACGAAGGGUGUAACUCUACCCCCAUCUCAGCCCAGAAGCUUUUUAAUGUCGUGGUCGUCUCACCUUCAUAUGUAUAUCAAAGCUGUGCCAUUCACCAUUCAUCAACAAACAAUAUGUGGCUGAUGUCCAUUGAGUGAUGCCAGCCUGAUGGCAUCGCCCAAGACAUGACGGAGCUCAUCACACAAGGUGCUGCAUACCCACCAGUGACUUUAUAUUGUGCCUUCAUGUGUUUUUUCUGCUCCAUGGUGUGUGUCCUGAUUGUCCAUGGUACACAGGAAAUCCAAUGUUAGCCUUCAGCAUUAAAGGGGGAUACCACUGAACAUAAGCAUCUUUAUGUCCUAAACUUGGGCAGUUCAUUGUGUGUAAUCACUGCUGUCCCACAGGUGACCUGGUCCUCUAAUUUGCUCUUUCUGUAAAGUCAACUGAACAUCAGACAGCAGAGAUGGAAAAGCAGAAUGAUUUUCUGAUGAUAGGGAUUAAGGUGGUGUUUCAGAACAGAUAGCGCUCUUCUUAAAGGUGCAUGUAAAAUUGCAUUGAAGUGAGGACCCUUUAGGCUCAACUCAGAAAUGUGGAGUGAUCAUGAAAUUGUUUGUUUGAGUCUGAAUGGUUGUCAUUGGAUCUGAUGGCAUGAGGGCCAUUUUGAUUCAAUGGACCAAAAAAGCAAAUAUAUAUGAAAUUUGAAGUUUUAAGCCGAUCUGGGUUUCAUCUCAUGUUACUGGAAUAAGUUACGUGCUUAUUCCACGUUUUUAAUUAGUUGAGUUUAACUGGUCCUUAUGGGUUGAUAGAUUUACAUUAAUGAUUCAUGGCACUUGAAACACAAGGGUUUGUAGGGAAAGGGAAUAAAAAAAAACUUUCUGGAAAAUAAAUGAAUUUAAAGAACCAAAACUAUAUUGAAAAUAGAAUUUUUAUCAAUAAUAAAUUCAUUUUAACAUUAUUUAUAUAGUUCAAUUUAAUUGCUAAAUGUAAAGGUGGUAAGGUAAAUUUUGAGUAUGAAUUGUAUAAAAGUGUAAUCACACCUGACAGUUUCCUGUUAUUUAUUUGAGGGCCAAUCCGAGGCUACUGGUAGUUACCCAAGUGGGAAUUUUCUGUAACACAGUCAGGUCUUUAAUACUCCGUCCUUCACCCUCCACUGAUCUGAACUGUAACUGUGCAAGCUGUGUCCAUCACACAUGGUGCUGUUGCACACAUUUGUACCAGUCUGUGUCAGCUAUUUUCAUAGACUCACGGCAACUAAUAAAUAAAGUAGAGACAAAACUUUGUA